GGCGCUCUCCGCCCGCCCACGGGGCGGCCCCGGCGGCGCCUCCCGGCCCUCGGAAGUGAUCCCGGGCCGGGGCGAGCCGGGAGGAAGCGCCGAUUUCGCACAGCGGUGAUCGCAGGGAAGGCGGCGAUCCCAGGAGCGGGCGGCGAUCCCCGGCGAAGGCGAUCCCGGCAAGGCAGCGGCGGUGCCCAGCAUGAAGCUGAUCAUCCUGGAGAAUUACUCUCAGGCCAGCGAGUGGGCGGCCAAGUACAUCCGCAACCGCAUCGUGCAGUUCGGGCCGGGCCCCGGGCGCUUCUUCACGCUGGGGCUGCCCACAGGCAGCACCCCGCUGGGCUGCUACAGCAAGCUGGUGGAGUAUUACCGCAACGGCGACCUCUCCUUCAAGUACGUGAAGACUUUCAACAUGGACGAGUACGUGGGUCUCCCAAGGGAUCACCCAGAGAGUUACCAUUCCUUCAUGUGGAAUAACUUCUUCAAGCACAUCGACAUCUCACCAGAAAAUGUCCACAUCUUGGAUGGAAAUGCCCCUGAUCUCCAGGCUGAGUGUGAUGCAUUUGAGGAGAAAAUCAAAGCAGCUGGAGGCAUCGAGCUCUUUGUUGGAGGUAUUGGCCCUGAUGGUCACAUUGCCUUCAACGAGCCAGGAUCCAGUUUGGUGUCCAGGACACGAGUGAAGACCUUGGCCAUGGACACCAUACUGGCCAAUGCCAGGUUCUUUGAUGGUGACCUCUCCAAAGUGCCCACCAUGGCUUUGACAGUUGGAGUUGGCACUGUCAUGGAUGCCAGAGAGGUGAUGAUCCUGAUCACAGGAGCCCACAAAGCCUUUGCUCUGUACAAGGCCAUUGAGGAUGGGGUGAACCACAUGUGGACGGUGUCGGCCUUCCAGCAGCACCCCAACACCGUGUUCGUGUGCGACGAGGACGCCACGCUGGAGCUCAAAGUCAAAACAGUCAAAUACUUCAAAGGUUUAAUGCUGGUUCACAACAAGCUUGUGGAGCCCUUGUACAGCAUGAAGGAGAUGGGAGCAGAGAGGAGCCAGUCCAAGAAGCCAUACAGUGAUUAAUGUGCUGGGGCAGUGCUGAACCAGCUGCUGAAAACAGCUGGGAGAAAAGGGAAUUGCUGCAGAAACUGAUCUCAUAUUUGUUCUUAAAUUAGCAGAAUGAUCAUAUGGUUCCCUCUCUCCAUUAAAGAGACAGAUGCCAAACACCUGCCUUAAUUAACCAAAGGAGGAUCCAGUGUUCUGUGCUCCACAAACUUCUGCUACCACCCACUCUCUGAAGUAAAUGAAGAAUAAGUUGUUUGAUCUGUGAACUGCCUGUAAUCAUGGACUGAAGGCUGCAGAACUAAGUGUGAGGAAAAAUGAAAGUACAAGGUUGCAGGAACAAGUGGGUGAUCACUUUGGGGUGUAUUCCUUGCAACUAGGACAAGUACCUCAUGUUAUUCCUUCCACUUCCAUGAAACACUCCUGCAUUAGAAUCCUGGAGAAGGGAAGCUCAGAGCAGCACCCAGAGGGCAGGAAGAAGAUGAGAAGGGACAGUGGGGCCUGAGUGGAGACAGGAUGCCCAGGCUGGAGAGGAUGAAACCCCACUGUGGGAACAGCCAAGCAGUGGGACAGGAUCCCCAGGGCUGUGCAGGCUCUGCUUCUGUUGGAUUACACACACCUCACAGGUGGACAACAGCCAAGACACCACCAGUUCUGAAAGGUUAUUCCUGGGAUUCCUAUCCAAUGCUCUCACAAGAGGGGCAAGAAAACUGGGCAACCUUUAUUUUCUUUAUACAGAAAUUUUAUAAAUUGUUCAUCUGUAAUGUAGCUUUCUUCACUAAAUGUCUUUAAUUUUUUUAAAAUGGUGAUACUUGACUGUA